CGGCAACGCCGCGUUUCAAGAACGAGGCGUUACGUGUGUUGUUUGGGGUGUGAUAGCUCCGUCGGUCGAACGCGAGUCAGACGCUGAAAUUCACCUUCUCGGACCAGCAUUGCCGGAAAAUGCUGCCCCUGUUUCUGCUUCUGGCCGCUCUGGGCCCAGCUUUUGCUCAGAGAACACCAACCAUCUCUUACAUCUCUCAGGAGCAGAUCAAAGACAUCGGAGGAACUGCCGAGCUAGAGUGCUCUGUACAGUAUGCUCAGGAGUAUCCUGUGUUGUGGAUGAAAGUGGACAAGGCUAGUGACCCUCUGCCGAUUUCGAGCGGCAGCACCCUGAUCCUGAGGGACAGUCGUUUCGCCCUGCGCUUUGACUCUGCCAGCUCGACCUACACACUGCAGAUCAAGGACAUCCAGGAGGCGGACGCUGGAAUUUACCAGUGCCAGGUGAUCAUCGCCAUCACCAACAAGAUCACGGCCGAUGUCGACCUGCUGGUGCGUCAGCCACCAGUCAUUGCGGACAACUCGACCAGAGGCAUUGUGGUCAAGGAGGGCCAGAGCGUGCAGCUCGAAUGUUAUGCUGGUGGCUUCCCCCUGCCCAGGAUCUCUUGGCGCAGAGAGGACAAUGCCAUCCUCCCUACUGGUGGCUCCAUUUACAGAGGAAACAUUUUAAAGAUUGCGCAAAUCCGCAAGGAAGACCGUGGAACCUACUACUGUGUGGCUGAAAACGGCGUCGGCAAAGGCGCCAGGAGGAACAUUGCUGUCGAAGUUGAGUUCGCGCCAGUCAUCACCGUGGCCAGACCGAGACUUGGCCAAGCCCUGCAAUAUGACAUGGACCUGGAGUGUCACAUCGAGGCCUAUCCUCCACCAGCCAUCACUUGGGUCUUCAAGGAAAUUCAUCUCACAACUAACCAGCACUACUCAAUAACUCAGUUUGCUACCAAUGACGAGGUCACCGACACAACCCUUCGUGUCAUUUCCAUCGAGAAGCGCCAAUACGGCGAGUACACCUGCAAAGCUGCCAACCAGCUUGGUCAGAGUGAGGCCCGAGUCCAACUAUUUGAGACCACCACCCCAUUGUGCCCCCCUGCUUGCGACCAGACGAGAUAUUCAGCAGGAGAGAUAAGUGCAGCCAUCAACUGCAUGACUAUUCUGUUUAUGGCCUGUAUAACCUACUUGUGGCGUCUGUAAUAAUUAAGUAGACUGUAAUUCCAAAUCUGCGUUACCGCAAAGUCUUCAGCUACAGCAACGGAGCAUCAUUUCUCAUGAGUCAAGUGUUGCUCGUUGUGACAGCCUUUUUGGCAGCUCAACUGUAAAAACUCCAACCGAAUGCACAACUUCACAGCACGACGAGAGAUUGAUGCCAAAAAUAGUGGUAAUUUGAUAAUGGAUGUUGGGAGGAUGUUAUGAUUCAUUAAUUGUACAAAUCAACAAAAUGCAGUUAUAGAUUUAUUUGAGCGGAAAAAAACACACAUUAGGUCAAGUCGUACAAAUUUAGCUAACCUGAAGAUAUUUUGUUUGAACUAUGAUCGGUGUUAAAAAACACAGCUUCUUUUUUAUGAUAUUAUUUUCUUUUACCUUACUGUUGCACUAGUACAUGUUAAUUUACAGAUUUUAAGCUCAAACAAAUGAUAUCAUGUACAGUGACUAUUUUUAAAAUACUUGCUUUGAUGAUGCAGACGUUUUUAGGAGCAACAGCUUAUUCACGAAAAUAGAUCUGAUCAAGAAAAUAACGUUUUAAUCAAUCUUUUGAAGAAAGACAAAUUACACAGUGCCCUGAUGCAAUUUGCAAACCUGUAAUAAAGUAAUGCAUGCCUAAGCUAUUAUAAUAUAAAAUAAUAUAUAUAUGAUCUGACUAAUGUAUGAAUACAACAUCUAUUUUCCUUGUAGGCGAGAAGGUUUUAAUGAAAAAUUUAAUGAGACGAUGCCACACACGGGUUUAGGCGUUUUAAUGUAAUUAAACUAUUGACUUCAAAAGUGUUUAACGUAAUUGGAAUCAUUUCCAAUACAAUUAAUUAAGGACCAAAACUAGACAUUCCAGCAAUAUGUGUUUGUACUGUAUAAUUUUCCGAGGAUAUUUUUAGCAGAGAGAGAUUAGUUUUUAAAACGAAUUGUGAUUUGCAUUCCACCCGUUAUUUUAUUUUCUUGUGAUGAGCCUCUAUUUUUUACAGUUUUUGUUCGCAAUGCAUUUUUGUAGGUUACAUUCAUGUUUCAACGCUAACUUUCUUGUUUGCAAACAUGUGACUGGAAUUUUGAACCUUGAUGUGAAUAAAAGUAAUGCCUCUUUCAUACAA